AUGGGCGAGGGUGGCAAGCGGAAGUCUUUGCAAGAGGAGGCGCCUGCGGCUCCUUCAUAUCGCUUAUUAACGUCAGACGAAUUAGGCCUGCUAAAGGGUGCGUCGGCUUUGUCCAGGGAGUCGCGCCGACGGUUUGAUUCAGCAUCGUUACUUGUGUACCGCAUCGAUGUUACGCAGUCACCGAUGUUCCGUCUGGAAUCAAAUGGGAGGAGACAGCAGCAAAGCAGCGCUGGGGCCAGCCCGAUAAGCAGCAUGGCAUCACCCGCCUGCAGAUCUCAUUACGGUGGCGGCUGCGCGCUGCGGCGGCCGGCCCGGGGCCCGGUGGAAGCAGUCGGCGCGGUGGAGGUGGGCUCCUUCCGCGCCGCCCCGCCCGCCACAACCUCCGGGCGUUCCGACACGUCCGUACACGAGCUCAGAGGUCUGAGGCUCAUCACCACCACCGCCGCCGCCGGCCCCGCGGGAGGAGGAGGAGGCUCGUCAUCUUCCUCUUCCUCCCAUGAUGAGCUGCUGUUGCUGCUGCAGCGGCUCCGAGACGUGAGCUCUUCGGGGCGCCACGUGGCGGUGGGCGGUGAGGGGCACCAGCUGCGGGUCUGGGACCUGGGGGCGGCCAACAAGGCGGCAGCGGCCACCGCGGCCACCGCGGCCCACACAGAGCCGCUCUUCGCGGGCAAGGCCGGCAAGCCGUCGCGAUCCGGGCUACAAGAUCUGGCGCACGUGACGGCGGUGUCGUACGUGCCGGGUCGCGAUGACCAGCUGGUGCUUGUGGGUACGGCAAAACACAAGUUGUGGCUGUACGACAUGCGGGCGGGCCGCAAGCCGCAGUCUGAGGCGGUUUGGGGCGAGGGGCGCAUUACCGCGUUGCUGCCCCAGCAGGAUGGCACCCGCGUGUGGGUGGGUAAUGGUCGCGGUCAGGUGGAGGCACUGGAUCUGCGACAGGCCCCGGGCAACGUGUCCAUGGGGCACGCGCUGAAGGGCUCUGCUGGGGCGAUCCGGUCGCUCAGCCUGCACCCGACCCAACCGCUCAUCGCUUCCGUGUCGUUGGACCGGCACCUCCGAGUGCACUCAACCACCAACCGCCAACUGCUAACCAAGGUCUAUUUGAAGCAGGUCGGCUGGUUUGGGGGCUUGUCUUGUGGAGGAGAGGCACUGACGGGUGUGGCCUGGCUGCCUACAGCCCCAAAGCCCCCCUCAUCCUCAGCUCGGGGGGCCGAUGACGGCCAGGAGGAGGAGCACGAGGGGUACGACAUGUACGAAGAGGAGGGCGAGGAGGCGGCGAAGGUGCAGUCACACAAAGGUCCUUGUGUUGGUGGUGGUGGUGGUCAGGGGCGGCAGAAGGGCAGGGGAGGUGUGGCGGCGAGGGGGCUGAUGGGGUCCCAGGGGUCCCCGGUGGGUUUGGCGGUUUCGGAGGGCGACAUUGUAAAACUUGUGACUUGUGUCCCAGAGCCCGGGGUAACUCAUAGACCAGGUAACUGCCAAGCGUAUCUUCGUUAG